AUGUCCUCGUGGGAGGAUAUCCAGGCUGUAAAGGUGAAGCGAAACAUCUUGCGUGAAAAGCUGGAAAAACGCAAAAAAGAAAGACAGGAUCUGCUUGGAAGCAGUACACCCGGUGUCGCUGGCGCUGUUGUCGGUUUUAAGCUCGAGUCGGGCAAUAUCCUAGGACUGGAUGAAAAGGGUAAACUUCGGUUAAUAAAGUUAUUUCUUUCCCGUGCUCUCUAAAUAGACAUCGACGUGCAAGUGGAAAAAUGUUUGGUGCAAGUACUAGCCGACCAGACGUUAAUACUGCCGUCCAAUUCGGCCCAAAUAGCGGAGCGCGUGGAAACACGUGUCCAGAAGCCAAUUAUGCGCGACUCCAUCGCGUACUAUCUGCACAAGCUAGCCGGACAGAAGUUAAUCAACAUCAAGGAAGUCAGUAUUGGCGGAUCGAUGGGUUACGAAGUGAUUUCCGCCCAACACCUCAACCUGCAGGCGUUGCAUGACGAUAUGAACGCAAUGAAUCACGACGCACACCUAGAAUCACCAAGCACGCCCAAUCAGGACGCGAAAAAACGACGGAAAACAGAUUACUCGAAUCAGGAGCAAGAAUCGACCGGUGCCGGGAGUGCCGGUAAAAUCCGUUCCCGUGCUAGUGUGACGGCGAGGGAAGAGGCACGCAAAGGUGGUGCAGUCGGUGCGCACGGUGAUUCCCUGAUCGCUUGCAAGACUUCCGAAAUUAUGUCGCUCCUAUCGCUCCCAUCGACAAGAGAAAAACAGAGCAAAAAGGUGGGCGAAGAAAUUCUGGAGCUGCUUUCCAAACCAACCGCGAAGGAGCGCUCAUUGGCGGAAAAAUUCAAAUCCCAAGGUGGCGCCCAAGUGAUGGAGUUUUGCCCUCACGGAACCCGUGUCGAGUGCAUGCGUUCGUUUGUGGCCAUCGAAAUGGCCAUAGAGGCGAUCGAGGCGGAAGAAUCGAACGAUGCAGCUAGCGUGCAAAAUGUUAAUGAUGACGUCGCCGCCGUUGCCACUCCCGCUACCGGCACCGACGAGGAUAACGAUGAUGAUGCAUCGCAAACGGAACCAACGGAAGCCAGCAAAGAGGACUGCAACAAAGAGGAGGUGGAUAGUGAUGACAAGAGCGAAAAGCCGGCCUCGAGUGUCCCACCACGCGCCAAGCAUCAGUGCAAUAAGCUGCAUUUCAAAAAAAUCAUACAAAACCACACAGACGAAACGUUAGGCGAUUGUAGCUUUCUCAACACGUGCUUCCACAUGGACACGUGCAAGUACGUUCACUACGAGGUCGACACUUUCGUCGGUCAUCAAACACCAAAUCAUCAGCAUCUGCAUCAUCAUCACCAUCAUCAUCACCACCGUCACACGACCGUUCCGCCCAGCCAGCUGGAACCGCUCGAUCGGGGACGGAGCGAAAGCGGACCAAAGCCGCCGACGGUUGGCCAGAAACGGGCUACCAUCGCCGUGGAUGCCUGUGCCACCCUGUACCCGCCACAGUGGAUUCAGUGCGAUCUGCGCUUCCUCGAUAUGACGGUGCUGGGCAAGUUUGCCGUGGUAAUGGCCGAUCCUCCGUGGGAUAUUCACAUGGAGCUGCCGUACGGUACCAUGUCCGACGAUGAAAUGCGCCAGCUGGGUGUGCCGGCGUUGCAGGAUGAUGGGCUAAUUUUUCUCUGGGUCACUGGCCGUGCGAUGGAACUGGGCCGAGAGUGUCUGAAGCUGUGGGGUUACGAACGCGUGGAUGAACUGAUUUGGGUCAAGACGAAUCAGCUGCAACGGAUCAUCCGCACCGGUCGUACUGGCCACUGGCUGAAUCACGGCAAGGAGCACUGCCUGGUGGGCAUGAAGGGUAAUCCACCGAAUCUGAACCGUGGGCUUGAUUGCGACGUCAUUGUAGCCGAGGUACGAGCCACCAGUCACAAACCGGACGAAAUAUAUGGCAUCAUCGAACGGUUAAGCCCCGGGACGCGCAAGAUUGAGCUGUUUGGCAGACCACACAACGUGCAACCAAAUUGGAUCACGCUUGGGAAUCAACUGGACGGGAUACGGCUCGUGGAUCCCGAGCUAAUAAACUCUUUUCAAAAGCGCUACCCGGACGGGAAUUGUAUGACACCAGGUAAAAACUCCUAAUUGCGCGAGUAACACCCUGCCGCAGCC